GGGGUCGCGUCUGCCGCAGCAACAGGGUGCGGCCAGGUGGGUCACGCAGGCGCGGGGGCGCGGGCCCCAGCUUCCUGGAAGGCGGGUUCGCGGGCAGCCCCUGCUCGGCCCCCGGGUCCUACGCGGCCCCGCGCUUCGGAAGGACAAUCGAGGCCGGGCCGCCGUGCGGGUGGGUAGGCUUGAGCCAUGUUUUUUACUUGUGGCCCCAAUGAGGCCAUGGUUGUCUCGGGUUUCUGCCGAAGCCCCCCAGUCAUGGUGGCUGGAGGACGUGUGUUUGUCCUGCCCUGCAUCCAACAAAUCCAGAGGAUCUCUCUUAACACACUGACCCUCAAUGUCAAGAGUGAAAAGGUUUACACUCGCCAUGGGGUCCCCAUCUCAGUCACAGGCAUUGCCCAGGUGAAAAUCCAGGGACAGAACAAGGAAAUGUUGGCAGCUGCCUGCCAGAUGUUCCUGGGGAAGACAGAGGCUGAGAUUGCCCACAUUGCACUGGAGACAUUGGAGGGCCACCAGAGGGCUAUCAUGGCCCACAUGACUGUGGAGGAGAUCUAUAAGGACAGGCAGAAAUUCUCAGAGCAGGUUUUCAAGGUGGCCUCCUCAGACCUGGUCAACAUGGGCAUCAGUGUGGUUAGCUAUACCCUGAAGGACAUUCAUGAUGACCAGGACUAUUUGCAUUCUUUGGGGAAGGCUCGCACAGCACAAGUCCAAAAAGACGCUCGAAUUGGGGAAGCAGAGGCCAAGAGAGAUGCUGGGAUUCGGGAGGCUAAGGCCAAACAGGAAAAGGUGUCUGCUCAGUACCUGAGUGAAAUUGAGAUGGCCAAGGCACAGAGAGACUAUGAGCUGAAGAAGGCAGCAUAUGACAUCGAAGUCAACACCCGCCGAGCACAGGCUGACCUGGCUUAUCAGCUUCAGGUAAGAGCUGCCACACUGGGCUGAUGACCAGGUUGCCCA